AUAGUUAUGAAGUCAACUAAAAAUGUUUUGUUUUAUUAAAUGCGUAUUUUAUUUUCUGAUUUGCUUGAAGGCCGUACACGCAAAUGGAGCCAUUAAUGGUUUUUAUGCAAACAGCAAGGCGGUAAGCUGUGGAGGGCUUUUAUGUCGGCCAGUAGCGGGAAUCUUCACACGUGACCCCUUGCCAGUGGAUACUUAUACUCAUGUAGCAACCAUACCCGCCGGUGCCUCAAAUAUCUCCAUUACCGAAUUAAAGAACAGCGAAAAUUUACUGGCUUUGCGUGUGCCGGAGCUGGAGUACGUAUUCAAUGGUGAGAAUAUGGUGUCCGAAAGCGCCUCGUAUGAGGUAGCAGGGGCUACUUUCGAUUAUCACAGAAUCGAUGGAGUCGAACAAGGCGAAGGAGUUACGGAAUGGAUUACUGCCAUUGGUCCAAUAACGGCCCAAUUGGACCUCUUGGUGUAUACUAAAACAGCCAACCCAGGUAUCAAAUAUGAGUACUUGUUGCCUAUAAUAUCUGAGUCUGAGGAGAAUGAGUUGCCAUUAGAGUAUAGCGGUGGCGUUUUAAAGGAGGGCUUACUGGGCAGUUCGCGUCCUGGGCGCAGACGGAAGUAUAAUUGGAAGGUAAUUGGUUUCAGUGGUUGCACAAAGUCUUGCGGAGGUGGUACUCAAUCACCAAUUCUUCGAUGUGGUCGUGAAAACCCCGUUCGUUACUACUCUCAGCGUCGCUGUUUGCACUUGGAGAAGCCGGUUCUUAAUGAAAACCUUCUGCGUUGCAACACCCAACCGUGUCCGGCCUACUGGCGUCCGAAUGAAUGGGGCCCCUGCCGCUGUCACCACGGACAGGGGUUCCGCAAUCGUGAACUCAGUUGCGUACAGGAGCUUGCAUCGAAUAUUGUUAUACACGUGGAUCGCUCCGCCUGCUUAGAGACGCAGCCGCCAUCCCAAAAGGAAUGCGAGUGUCCAAAGAACCAAAGACACAACCACUUACAUAACCGCUCAGAUUUCAAAAAUGUCACUCACAGUCAGUACAAUGCCCACAAAAAGACCAGGACGUCCGCUUGGCUUAUGUCGAACUGGAAUAACUACUGUUCAGCACAGUGCGGCACGGGUGUGGAAUACCGUACGAUUUUCUGCGAUCGUUCAAAACUCAGCUCAGAACGUUGUAAUCAACGUGACGCUCCAGAUAUCAAAAGACCGUGCCAAACAGAGCGCUCGUGUGAUUUCGGAGACUGGUUUACUGGCCCUUGGACCCCUUGCAAUGGAAACUGCUUCAAUUUGACGAGCAGUAGAAUGGUGAUCUGCAUUAAGAAUCAGCUUAUAACUGACGAGGAAGAAUGUUUGCCGGACGUAAAGCCGCAGUCAUUUAAAAUGUGCUCCCAUGAUGAGGUUGAAUACUGUGCACCACGCUGGCACUAUUCCGCGUGGUCAGAAUGCUCAAAAUCAUGCGAUGGUGGGACACAGCGGCGAGCGGUGAAAUGUCUGUCCUAUGAUGAGAGGCAGAAUGCAUUGCAAGAGUCGAGCGAAUGCCAGUACGCAGUUCGCGAGCCCAUCUUUCGUAAUUGUAAUACCCAAAAAUGUGAAGAGAACAAGAACGAACAGCUCCAUAAUGAUACAUCGAUUGCCUGCAUAGAUCGAUUCGCGAACUGCCAAUGGGCUCUGCAGGCGAAGCUGUGCAACCAUAAUUACUAUCGGACUAAUUGCUGCUACUCCUGCACGCACACGCUUCCAUUAACGACUUUUAAAUAAAUGUAAACCAGCUGUAGCCAAUUUGGUAUUUAAAACCUAUAAAUAACGAUUUAAAAUAAAAAAUACUUCCUAAGCAUAAGAUCCAAAAGUA